UAAAAACAAGAAAACAACCAUACAAAACUUUUCACUCUCUCUCUCACACAUAAACAUUUUGCGAGAGAGAAAAAUAAAUACAAAACUGAACAAAAAUUCACUUCCAUAGAAUCAAAAUCCCCAAAAUUACCGAACCCUAAUCCUACAUCUCAUUCCAUUUAGAUCCACUUUCUCUCUCUAUUUCAAUCGAAUUGAAUCAACAUUUUAGGUUUUGAUAGUCAAUUUUGCGGACAAUUUGAUUUCAAUUUUCUAAUUUAAUUAAGUAUGGCGUGUAUAAAAUCGGUGAACCGAUCGGCGUCGGUGGCGUUAGCGCCGGAAGCGCCGUACAUGGCGGCAGGAACAAUGGCAGGAGCAGUGGAUCUGUCGUUCAGUUCUUCAGCAGCUCUUGAGAUCUUUAAGCUAGAUUUUCAAUCGGAUGAUCAUGAGCUUCCGUUGAUUGGUGAAGUACAAAGCUCUGAGAGAUUCAAUCGACUCGCGUGGGGUAAAAGUGGAUCUGGUUCCGACCAGUACUCUCUCGGACUUAUUGCUGGUGGUCUUGUUGACGGUAGCAUUGAUAUUUGGAAUCCGCUUUCUCUGAUCCGGCCUGAGACUACUGAACCUGCUCUUGUUGGACAUCUUUUACAUCAUAAAGGCCCUGUUCGUGGUCUUGAAUUCAACACCUUCACUCCUAACUUACUUGCAUCUGGUGCUGAUGAUGGUGAAAUUUGUGUCUGGGAUUUGGCCACUCCUACACAGCCUACUCAUUUCCCACCUCUAAAGGCUACAGGUGCUGCAACUCAAACUGAAAUUUCUUAUGUCUCUUGGAAUAGAAAAGUUCAACAUAUAUUGGCAUCUACUUCCCUUAAUGGAUCAACUGUUGUCUGGGACCUAAAAAAGCAGAAACCAGUUAUAUCUGUUAAAGAUUCAGCUGGAAGGCGUUGUUCUGUUUUGCAGUGGCAUCCUGAUGUUGCCACUCAGCUUGUUAUUGCUUCUGAUGAUGAUAGUUAUCCUGCCCUUCGGCUUUGGGAUAUGAGGAACACAAUGACACCUCUUAAAGAAUUUGUGGGGCAUACUAAGGGUGUGAUUGCAAUGUCAUGGUGUCCAAAUGAUAGUUCCUAUUUGCUUACUUGUGCUAAAGAUAAUCGAACUAUUUGCUGGAGCACUAUAACAGGAGAGAUUGUUCGUGAAUUACCUGCUGGCUCUAACUGGAACUUUGAUGUACAUUGGUAUCCAAAGAUACCAGGAGUUAUAACAGCAUCGUCUUUUGAUGGGAAUAUUGGCAUUUACAACAUUGAGGGUUGUAGUCAAUAUGGUGCCGGGGAGAGUGAUCAUGGACCUGCCACAGUAAGAGCUCCAAAAUGGUACAAGCGUCCAGCAGGUGUGUCUUUUGGCUUUGGAGGACAGCUUGUAUCAUUUCACCCUAGUUCCGUGGCUAGUGAUUCAGAGGUUCUUUUGCAUAACUUAGUUACAGAGGAGAGUUUGGUGAGUCGAUCUUCUGAAUUUGAAUCUGCCAUUCAAAAUGGGGAGAAGUCAUCACUGAAAGCAUUAUGUGAGAAAAAAUCACAAGAGUCCGAGUCAGAGGAUGACCGUGAAACUUGGGGCUUUUUGAUGGUUAUGUUUGAAGAAGAUGGUUCUGCAAGAACGAAAAUGCUCACCCAUCUUGGUUUCAGUGUACCUAUAGAAGAGAAAGAUGUUGUACAAGAGGAUAUUUCCCAACAAAUAGAUGCUGUUCGGCUGGAUGAUACGGAAACAGAUAAAGUGGGAUACGGGAGUGUUAAACAUCCCAAUAUUUUCUCUGCAGAUGAUGGAGAAGAUUUCUUUAACAAUCUUCCAAGUCCCAAAGCUGAUACUCCUAAAUUUAAAUCUGCUGAUAACUUCGGCACUGGGAAUUCUCUCUCUCAUGCAGAAGAUACGAAACAAGAACCAGAUGGACCAGAGGAAAGUACCGAUUCAUCAUUUGAUGACAGUAUUCAGUGUGCUUUAGUUGUGGGUGACUAUAAAGGUGCUGUUGCACAGUGCAUAGCUGCAAAUAAAAUGGCUGAUGCUUUGGUAAUUGCUCAUGUUGGUGGUACUUCUUUGUGGGAGAGUACACGAGAUCAAUACCUUAAAAUGAGUCGUUCACCUUACUUGAAGAUUGUUUCUGCAAUGGUGAACAAUGAUCUCAUGAACCUUGUAAACACAAGGCCUCUCAAGUACUGGAAAGAAACACUUGCUCUUCUCUGCACAUUUGCGCAAAACGAAGAAUGGAGUCUGCUAUGUAAUUCACUUGCAUCAAGACUGAUGACCGCUGGCAAUACUUUAGCAGCUACUCUCUGUUUCAUAUGUGCUGGGAAUAUAGACAAAACUGUUGAAAUUUGGUCUAGGAUUCUGACAAUCGAGCAUGAAGGAAAAUCAUAUGUUGAACUUCUUCAGGAUUUGAUGGAGAAGACUAUGGUCCUUGCUCUGGCUAGUGGUCAGAAGCGAUUUAGUGCAUCUUUGUGCAAGCUUGUUGAGAAAUAUGCAGAAAUAUUAGCUAGUCAGGGGCUCUUAAGUACAGCUAUGGAAUACUUGAAGCUCUUGGGCACUGAUGAAUUGUCUCCUGAGCUAAAAAUCUUAAGAGAUCGUAUAGCCCUUUCCACUGAAUCUGAAAAAGAUGCCAAGACUGCGAAUUUUGAUAUCUCCCAACAGCAAACUGGGUCAGCGUACAGUGCUGAACGACCCACUUAUGGUGUAGCUGGUUCCACUCAAAAUUAUUAUCAGGAAACGACAAUAUCACAAGUGCAGCAAAGCAUUCCUGGAAGUCCAUACAGUGACAAUUAUCAGCAGUCUCUUGGCUCUGCAUAUGCAAACACAUAUAAUGCUCCUGCUCCAUAUCAGCCUUCACCAUAUCAGCCUGCCUCACAGCCUGGAAUGUUCAUUCCAUCUCAGGCGCCUCAAGUUCCUCAGGCAAAUUUUGCACCGCCUAACGCUGCCCCUCAGCAAGCUGUAAGGACGUUUGUUCCUUCAAAUGUUCCUAUUCUGAAAAAUGCAGAGCAAUACCAACAACCUACAUUGGGUUCUCAGUUAUAUCCUGGGACAACUAACCCUACUUAUCAACCUGUCCAGCCUCCAGCUGGUUUACAACGCCCUGUUACAUCUCAGAUGGGUGCAAUUCCUAGCCAUAAACCACAGGUUAUGGCUCCAACUCCAGCAACAAUGGGUUUUAGGCCUGUAACAAAUCCCGGUGCUGUUCAAAGACCUGGAAUGAGUUCAAUGCAACCUCCCAGCCCUACUGAGUCGGCAUCAGUACAGCCAACUGCAGCACCUGCUGCUCCGCCACCUACAGUUCAGACAGUCGAUACUUCAAAUGUACCUGGUCAUCAUAAACCUGUCAUUACUUCAUUGACACGACUUUUUAACGAGACAUCAGAAGUGUUGGGAGGUUCACGCGCAAAUCCAGCUAGGAAGCGUGAAAUUGAAGACAAUUCACGGAAAGUUGGUGCCCUAUUUGCCAAGCUCAAUAGCGGCGAUAUAUCGAAAAAUGCUUCUGAUAAGCUAGUACAGCUUUGCCAGGCAUUAGAUAAAAAUGAUUUUAGCUCAGCCUUGCAAAUACAGGUACUUCUCACAACAAGUGAGUGGGAUGAAUGUAAUUUCUGGCUGGCAACUUUGAAAAGAAUGAUCAAGACAAGGCAAAGUGCGGGUGUGAGAUCAAGUUAGACACUAAAAAAAGAAUCUGAUUACUGUCAUCUUCCUCUGCUGCGUAUUCAUCGUUUCACAGCUGUGGUAAUGCUUCUUUUGGAUGACGAUAGCUAUUUUCUUCGUUGUAUACAAAAACAUAUUUUCUGGACUGCAACUACAGGGUUUCGGAGCAUUAGACCGACCUACAGAAAUAUCCCUUCUUCUAGCAGAUAGCUGAAUGAACUUGUUGCCUUUUUUUUUUUUUUUUUUGACUUUGAAAUUUGUAGUAUUGAGAAAUUAGAUUUGUUUUUGGCCCACCAAUGUUUUAGAUAUCCAUUUUUGGUUUUAUGAAAUAUGUUGGUGUUUCUUAUUUUA